AAGAAAACAAGAAUUUUGAUGUAAAAAUCAAAGUUGGCAAAGAGUCGUGCGGGAAUAUUUGAAUUUGUUUUUUCACAAAACACAACCUUAGUAUAGCCAAGCAAGAGUGAGGACGAGCACGAUGGCACAACAAGGCGGUGUGGAGCUGCGCGGCGUCGUAGAGGAGGAUGAGGAGGAGGCUCAGUUAGGACUACCACUAACGCUUAAAGCACUAAGUAAAACAGCCGGUUGGUUUUCACCUCUGAAAUUCUAAGUUUUUCCCGUGCAACAAUACAUGUCUUGCCUGGCUGCAUGAGCGUGACUCAGCACAUCUCUAUCAAGGAUUGAUAUCACGACAAUAUCUUCUGAAAAUGAAUUCUCCUCCACCACAAGAAUGACUUAAUAAAGCGUAUCUUCUUGGGCAAGGUAACUACAACUUCAGUAGAACUUCUAUCUGUGACAAGGUAACUGCAACUUCAAUUCAGAACUAUCUGGAUCGAUGAUCAAUCACUAUCACUUUUAUAAUUCCUAGAGCUCUUGUUCUAAUGUAAGUAGAAGAGCAGGAGGAGCAGGAAGGCGGCGACGACGAAGAGGAAUCUCAACCGGUUGACUGGGAUCGAACAUGUGCAUACAAGACUUAGGGGUAGGUUUUUAAAGGUGUUCCUGUUGCCGCUCGUUGUGCCUUUCUGAAGAAGGAAAGGAAUAACGAACGGGGUAAACGAGCACCAAAAGCCUACCGCUAAAAGACAUUGAAGAUCGUGCGAGUCCGAGAUCGCUAUCUGGGCAUACUCUAUUGGAGCAUCGUGGUAGCGGUGAUUCUAUUUACGAGGGGAGUUCUGGUUUUGUUUCUCUAGAUUCAAUAGGUUUAUGAUUGUUUUGCUCGUAUCGCAUUAUCACGCACAGGUUUUUUUUCACCUUCAUCAAGUUAUGUAGCUUCCUGGUGGGCGUACUCGUCUAAGAAGCACAUCGUCAUCGUUGCUGUGGCGCUCGAUGGCAAACAUCAGAGGCAAGAGCCAGGUCUUGGGUCCACUAUAGUAAAAUUUCAAGGCAAAGCGUUUAACGCGAAAAAUGAGCCAUUCGAUGAGGCUGAUUUACGGUUUUGAUUUUUUUGUUUCCUCGUUCCUUCUAUCUUUCGUGUAGUACCUAGGAGAGCCAGACCUUUGUACUUCGCAUUUAUUUUCUCUGCUCUCAAUGAAUAAUUAUCUGCGCUAUUAUAAGUACUUUGGUCAGACUGGAGCUGGACUUGCCAUUCUUGGCAAGAAGAAGGUCCAGCUUUUUUUACCUGCUCCUCCAGGCAUCCAGAGGUCGAACCAAGUGGAGCGUUUAUCAUGACGCGAUCCGUAACCAUCAAGGGACAAGCGGCUGGUGCCUGUGUGGACUAUGACAAACCAUGCUUACGACGGACGGGUUUCACGCAAGUAGCCUCUGACUACGUUCAACAUAGAAAUGUUCUAGAGCUGCAUGCUUAAGAUUUGAAGAAUAUCUCAAAUCUCGAAUAAUCUGAUUAAACGAUCAUUUUCAACUGUACUCGUUUUCUAAUCUAGAGAAAUGUGACAGCAGCAGAGCCAAAGGAGUGCAACUGCGAUAAAGCCUCAAAUCAUUGUAAGCUACCAGUGGCUUGGUGUCCGAGUAUCGGAGAGGGAAACAUCGAUACGCUCAAGGACGAUGGCGCAACCACCAUUGUGAAUGAGGUGGAUUUUUACUCUAAGCUGGACAUACAACAAUCGUCUCACUGCGUUUGAUGACACUUUAUGAAGAUGAGCGUUAUUAUUGUUGUAAAUUCGUCAAACUUGUUUGCCUAAGUAGUCGUGUCAAAUAGCUUCUCAUGAUCGUGUCGAUUUAGAGCUUUCUUACCGAGAACGCGUACCCGUUAUCAUCAGUCCUGAUUCCUACCCUCAACUCGACACGACCCAACCCGACACGACCAUCAGAUGACAAAGGGUAUGGAAGCAGCAACUUUGGAGUUUUUUGCGGGAAUAUCUUUCCCUGGUAUGUCCAAGAAUUUUUUUGUCGCAGGGCAAACCGAAGAGGAGCCCAUUGGAACGCACAUACUUCAGAGCAUUUCUGUGGGUGAUUUGCUGACAAAGGCAGGAGUCGAGAGCUACAGCGAGAUCAUGAAGACGGGAGCGAUACUGUUACGGACUUAUAAUGGAAACAGUGCGUAUCCGUUUUCGUGUCGCUAGAGCAGGAGAAAUGGAUUGCUGUAAAACUAGUACACGUGAUGUUUCUUCCUUUUCUAUGAUUGAAUUGUAUUUCUGUGCGUUUUUCUUGCACAUUCUUCUCCUCGUCGUUCAUUCUUCUCGGUCGCGUUUUACUGGAACUGCGAUGUGGAGUCGCCGGCGUGCCACGCAGACAUCACUGUACAACGAGUAGACAAAGGGGCUGGAUAUUUCCAAAAGAAAUCACAUUAUUACAAGAAAGCGGGGAAAGGGGCGAGGGACGCGACUUACAUGAACGGAAUCAAGAUUCUUGUGGAAAGCAGCGGUACGCUAUGAUACCCACUAAUUUGAUGGCAACUUCUACGUACAGCAAUAAAACCACCAAAAAAUCAGUUUGCGCAUCAUGUUUGAAAGUAGACAUGCAAACGAUAGUCAUUACGUCCUUUUCUCAUCCAUUCAUCUUCUACAACCUGCGAAGGAAACCACCAUCUACAUCUCGAACCAGGUAUCGGCAAAAAGACAACACUUGUAUUACUGCUUGUGCAGUUAGGGAGUUGUCUGGCGUUGCUAAGGGUUGCGAGCAUGGUUGCGGACUUUUUAAUGCUCAACUGCUACAGUGACCAAAAGGUGAAGAUGUACUACAAUUAUGGUUGGUCGUCCUCGUUCAGCAUUACAGGGAGAAGGAACAUCGACAUCAUCCUCCCACUGAUUCUUGAUAUCCUCAUCUUCUGGAACCCUGUAUUAGCUGGUCCGCAUCUGAAGCAAGAAGUCAAAAAAUGUUCGAGAUGUACUACUUGAAAGAUGGCACCCACCCCUCAACAUUCCUUCUGUCUCUAACCUCCGUGCAAAGUAAUCGAAACCCAGGACUAUAGCGAUUUGCAGGACCGCAUCAAUAUCAUCCAGGAGUCGGAGAAAGAAACGGCGUUGUUGUUGAGGAAGACGAAGAACUUGGGUAUGGGAGGAGGCGGUAGAGGCGGCCUCGCGGCAAGUAUACUGAGAUGAACAUUGCUGUGAUCCUGAAUUUGCUGCUGUUAUCUCUUUAAACAACAUGUUUCACGUUAUCUCAACUGUAAUCUUCCUUUUUUCAUGUGUGCUACUUGUACUAACUCGGAUGCUCCUCCUCACAUUCUUCUUGCAUGCAAGAAGCAACAAGGGUUGCAUCCCACUAGCACUCCUAACAAGCUGGUCCUAUGUUUUUUCCGCACAUGACUCAUCAACUCUCUCGAAGAAGAACUUGAUGACUGAGAAAGUAUUUCAGACCUUGCGUUGAGUCAUGUUAUCGAUCCCGCUUAUUCCCAAUGUCGUCGGCCUCGACGUGGUCAAUACUGUAAUUCAUUUUCUUUUCCACGAGAAAAAGAU